AACCAGAAUAAAAUCUCAUAAUUAUAGCGCUUCACUCAUGCUCAUACUGAAACCGAAAGUGUUAUUCCACUCCUGAAGUAGUUCAGCUCUCACACACUCUCUCACUCACACUGCCGAUCAGCCACGAGAGAGCCUGGAUCUCCUGUCUAAACUUACUCAAAACAGAGACAUGGCUUCAACGACUCUCCUGUUCUUUGUGCUGAUAUUGUCGUCUGUACGUGUUGGACAGUCGGCUGAGAGUCUGCUUAAACUGAAAUGCCAGCCUGCAGUAGGAGUCAUCGGUCAGACCACUAACAUCUCCUGCAGUAUCGAGUCCCUCACUGAUCCUAAGCCUAUCAGCAUUAACACAGUGGUUUUAACUAGGAGUGGAGAGAAUGAACCCUGUUUCACUUUUCAACCAUAUCUGAACAAAGUGACAGGAGACUCUCGAUUUAAAGUUGAAAACGGGCCAUCGUUACAGCUUCAUAACACCGCGAUCACAGAUGAAGGUGGAUAUUGGUAUUUCAUCAGGACCAACCUGGGUAAUGAGCAAGUAAAAUUCACCAUCAGUGUCACAGCCAAGUACAGCAACCCGCUCAUAACCACCAUGCAGAAAGAGAUAGUGAAUGGUGAACAUGCUGAUCUGUACUGUAGCGCUAGCGGUGGAUAUCCAGCAGGAACCAUCCACUGGUUUGAUCAAAGCAACACAAACUGGACAAAAAGCGCCACACUUCAAAGCACGCAGGGAAAUGACGGUCUCUUCACUCUGACUAGCAAACUGAGCUUCCAGACGUUCGACACACUCUGGGCACCUUUCAGGUGCGUCGUCCUCAACAACAAAUAUGAAGAAGAAGGCGGGAGCAUGUCAACUCUGGAGAUAAAGGAUAACCCGGCGAAUCCCCCAGCUGGUAACAGCACGGUGAAGAACAUCAUUGCUCCUGUGAUAGUUAUCGGGUCUCUCAUCAUCGGGCUCCUGAUUGUUCUCUUGUUCAAGCGAAGAUGCGCUCGGCAGCAAAGAAGGGCAUCGACUCUUCCCUUUCUGAACUCCAAUUCCCCAGAGCACACUUAUCCUGAAGAGGGAGAAGCCCUGAAUGAACCUGUUUAUAAGAAAGCAGCUGAUGCUGAAGAGAAGAUCGCAGUGUAAUGUCUGAUUAUUAAUUACUCUGUAAAUAUUUAAUCACAUGAUGGUGAUUUAACAGCCUCAGGACAUUCUACAAAAUGGAUUCUUUCUCCAUUACUGACUGAACGAACGAGUUUGUGUUCAGUCCCGUGUGACACUGGGUGUGAUUUUAAAUGAGGUAAGAUAAAAGACCAGGCAUUUAGGGGAAAGUUCCUGAUUGUGGAAAGUCCCAGGCUGGCGGGACAUUUAAAAAAAAGAAAUCAGCCAGUCUGACAAAAGAAAAGUGAAAGAUAACUGUAUCUUUAAUGCAGUUAUAUGUGUAUAAUUUGUCGUUCACUCUAUUUUUAUUUUCACAAAAUUAUCUGUCAGAAUUAUCUAGCAUGUCUGAGUGUGCUGAAUUCGCCAAUAACAAAUCUUUUUAUAUAACAAUAACAAUCUAGUUUCCGGGAUCUGUCAGCUAGUUAAUUCUACUCACAUUUUUUUAUUAUUCUCUUGGGUAAAUGAUUAGCCAGGAUGUUAAGAGCUAGUAUCUGUGUCUCACAGCUCCAAAGGUGGAGGUUCAGUCCUGAUCCUGAGAGCCCAUGUUUUGCUGUGCAAGUGCUAAUCUUUAUUAUUGACAUUCUCUACAGGGAUUUACUUCUCCAUGGACACCAGAGUUUUUUUUUUUUUUUAGCACCAUCUGUCAUGGUUAGUUCAAAAUAAACCUCAGUUGCUCCACAAGA